AUGGACUACGGACAGGAAUUGUUCUUGUUGACUGUCACUGCGCUAUUGCUGAUUAUACACUCACCUACGACUUCGCCUGUUUUUGCGACGGGGUAUGUGUUGUGCCGAGUGGUGUGGUUUGUCGUGAUUUGGCCGCAUGUGUUGAGUCCGCUGAGGAGUAUGCCCGGGCCGGAUAGUAACCUUUUGUUUGGGUUUGGCCCGUUUGCUGAGGCGUGGUUGUGCGAUGGAAAUCGACAGCUACAGUGGCAUAGGAAGUACGGAUCAUUCGUCAAGUUUCGGACCAUCAUGGGAUUGGAGCGCGUGAGCGUUACCGAUCCUAAGGCGAUAGCAACGAUCCUCAACAACCCCGACACCUUCCCCAAACCUUCAUACUUCCAGAAAACACUCAUCCGCAUCAUCGGAAACUCCGUCAUCGCUCUCGAAGGCGACGAGCAUAAACGACAACGACGUGUCCUCCUCCCAGUUUUCGCAUUGAGCAACCUAAAGCAAGUCGUUCCCAAUUUCGCGAAGAGUUGUGAGGCAUUGGUGGAGUACUGGGAUAAAGAACUCGAUGUACGCGGGGAUAGAGCGGCUGUUAAUGUCACGGAACCGAUAAAUCGGACGAUGCUCGACAUGAUCGGAUUGGCAGGCUUCGGAUUCGAGUUCAACACACUGCAUAAUUCCGACCACCCUCUCGCGAAGUCGUAUCAUACCCUUAUCUUUGCGACAGGGAUUAACAAGUUAUUUGAUGGAAUGAGUGCAAUUUCGUGGCCGUUGCAAUACUGGCCUUUCGGACGUUUUGCGGCAGUCACGAAGGCGAAGAGGGUGAUUGUAGAUGAAUCCAUGAAGCUCAUCGACAAGAGACGGGAGGAGAUGAACCAGAACGAGAAAGACUCAUAUGAGGGGGAGAGGAGGGAUUUGUUGAGUUGUAUGCUGAGGAAGCAGAUGCAGGCGAAGCCGGGUGAGGAGGUUAUUGAGGAUGAUGACAUGGUCCAGAUGAUCAUGACUUUUCUUGCCGCAGGCCAUGAGACCCUCGCCACGACAGUUCUCUGGACGCUCCAUGCCCUCUCCAUCCACUCCGAUGUUCAGUCCCGCCUCCGCACUGAGCUUUCUCACCUGGAUGAGAUCACGUACGACUCCCUUGAAUCCUGCCGCUACCUCAACAACUUUGUCCGCGAGGUUAUCCGGUUUUGGCCACCCGCCUCCGUCACGAUGCGUGUUGCGAGGGAGCAUUCGAGAUUAGGGGAUUACGUGGUGCCGAAAGACACAAUCAUCCAAAUCGCACCGGCUGUGGUUAACAAGUUGGAGGAAUACUGGGGAGGUGAUGCCGAGAUUUUCGAUCCGGAUAGGUGGGAUGCACUUCCUGAGGGUGUCGGGGCUUAUAACAUGUUGACGUUCUUGGAGGGCCCGAGGAAAUGUAUUGGAUGGAAGUUCGCGAUGUUGGAGCUCAAGGCGUUUUUGGCGGUGUUUUUGAGGAGAUUCGAGGUUGAGAGUAUCGGGAGGGAUGUUGGGAAUGAGACGUGCAUCACGACGAAGCCGGCUGGAGGGUUGACGGUUAGGAUGAGGAGGGUGAAGGAGGGUGAGAUGGGAGGGGAUGGGGAUUCGGGAGUUGAAGCGUAAUUGUGAGAGUGAAAGGUGGGUGGAAUGGAUAGAGGUCGCCGGAGC